AUGCUCGGCCGACUGAUCCACUACGGCGCCGACGCUAUGCUGUUUUCAACCUUCCUGGCCGGCAUCAAGAGGCAGACGGGCCUCGCCCCCGAUGUCGACCGCAUCUCGGAGCCCACGACAAAAGGAUUCGUCGAAAAGUACCUCGGCCUCGGCGAGUUCAUCUUUGACAGCGGCGUAGCAGCGGCAAGGGCCAGCCAGUACUUCAAGAGGGACGUCGUCACCAUGAAAGCCUUUUGCGACCGUGUCCCAAAGACCGAUGCAACGCCGUAG